UUUGAAAGCUCAACUGGAUUCUUCUUUCUAGGUUUAAGGAAAGGAAACUGAUACAUACUGAAAAUGUUUAACAAAUCCUUCGGAACUCCUUUUGGAGGUAACACUGGCUUUGGAACAACAUCAACUUUUGGACAAAAUGCUGGCUUUGGUACCACAGGUGGAGGAGCGUUUGGCACAUCAGCCUUCGGGGCAAACAACAACACUGGGGGCCUCUUCGGGAACACCCAGGCAAAGCCAGGAGGGCUCUUCAGUUCCAACGCCUUUAAUCAGCCAGCCACCUCCUCCACCAGCACUGGCUUUGGGUUUGGGACAUCCACUGGGACAUCCAGCAGCCUGUUUGGUACCACCAGCACUGGCGGAGGCCUCUUCUCAUCCCAGAGCAAUGCCUUCGCACAGAACAAGCCUGCUGGCUUUGGAAACUUUGGCACAAGUACCAGCAGUGGAGGUCUCUUUGGAACCACCAACACCACUUCCAAUCCUUUUGGGAAUCCAUCUGGCUCUCUGUUCGGCCCAACCAGUUUUACUGCUACUCCGACUGGCACAACCAUUAAAUUCAAUCCCCCAACUGGUACAGAUAGCAUGGUCAAGUCUGGAGUUAGCACCACUAUCAAUACUAAGCACCAGUGCAUCACUGCUAUGAAGGAGUAUGAGAGCAAAUCUCUCGAGGAGCUGCGUUUAGAAGACUACAUGGCCAAUAGGAAAGGGCCCUCGAAUCCUGUGGGAGCAGGAGCCACUACAGGCUUGUUUGGGACUUCCACUGCUACUUCAAGCACAGCUACGGGACUUUUUGGCUCUUCUACCACUAAUACAGGCUUCUCAUAUGGACAGAAUAAAACUGCUUUUGGAACAACUACGACUGGCUUUGGAACAGGAACAACAGGAGGUCUUUUUGGUCAGCAGACUCAAACUACAAGUCUGUUUAACAAACCAUUUGGUCAGGCCACGACGACGCAGAACACAGGCUUUCCCUUUGGGAAUACCAGCACUCUAGGACAGCCAAACACGAGCACAAUGGGUAUCUUUGGGGCCACGCAGCCCUCGCAGCCCGGAGGCCUUUUUGGAACAGCUGCCACUACCAAUGCUGGCACUGCGUUUGGAACUGGAACCGGGCUUUUUGGACAAGCAAACACAGGAUUUGGUGUUGGCGGUUCGACCCUGUUUGGUAGCAAACCUGCUGGAUUUGGAACCACCACGACCAGUACCUCAUUUGGUACAACCACUGGCGGCGGGCUCUUUGGUAACAAACCAACCCUGAGUUUAGGAACCAAUACAAACACUUCCAAUUUUGGUUUUGGUGCCAACAAUGCUGGAAAUAGCUUGUUUGGAAAUAAGCCUGCAACAGGGACUCUGGGAACUGGGCUUGGGACAGGGUUUGGAACAGCCCUCGGGGCGGGACAGACUUCAUUAUUUGGAAACACCCAGCCUAAACUUGGUGGGACGCUGGGAACAGGAGCUUUUGGAGCACCAGGGUUCAAUACCUCCACUGCUACUCUGGGCUUUGGAGCCCCUCAGCCUGCUGUAGCACUGACAGAUCCUAAUGCAUCGGCUGCCCAGCAGGCAGUCCUCCAGCAGCACCUCAAUAGUUUGACUUAUUCACCCUUUGGAGAUUCUCCACUUUUCAGAAACCCCAUGUCAGACCCAAAGAAGAAAGAAGAGCGGCUGAAGCCGACCAACCCUGCAGCUCAGAAGGCCUUAACAACACCCACCCACUACAAACUGACCCCGCGUCCUGCGACCAGAGUGCGCCCAAAGGCUUUGCAGUCUGCAGGCUCUGCCAAGUCUCAGCUCUUUGAUGGCCUCGAUGACGAUGAGCCAUCCCUAUCCAAUGGUGCCUUCAUGCCAAAGAAGAGCAUCAAGAAGUUGGUUUUGAAGAACCUCAGUGGCAGCAGUCUGUUCUCCCCUGUCAAUCGUGAGAGUGAUGACCUGGCCUCUCCACCAGAGUACCCAGAGAAUGGAGACAGGUUCUUUCUGUCGGUACCUCCUGAUGAAAACCACAGACAAGAUGGUGAGCGCGAGGAGGAGGAGGAGCACCACGAAGUGACGAGGUUUUACACCAACCCCAUUGCCAAGCCCAUCCCACAGAGCCCUGAGAACACUGUGCACAAACACCAGAACAGCGUGGAUGACACCAUCGUGGCCCUCAACCCACGGGCAGCCCUGCGGAACGGCCUGGAGGGCAGCAGUGAGGAAGCCUCAUUCCACGACGAUUCCCUUCAUGAUGAACGUGAAGAAGAGGCUGAGACGGUGCACCACGUCCAUCCUGCAGGAAUUGUUCUAACCAGAGCUGGCUAUUACACCAUCCCAUCUAUGGAGGAGCUGGCCAAGUUCACCAAUGACAAAAAUGAAUGUAUUGUGACUGACUUCACCAUAGGCCGUAAAGGUUACGGAUCGAUUUUCUUCGAAGGAGAAGUAAAUCUCACUAACCUGAAUCUGGAUGACAUUGUACAUAUCCGUAGGAAAGAGGUUAUUGUCUACCCAGAUGAUGAAAAGAAGCCACCUAUUGGUGAAGGCCUCAAUAGACGAGCUGAAGUUACAUUAGAUGGAGUUUGGCCCACGGAUAAAACUUCUCGUGGCUUGAUAAAAAGCCCAGAACGACUGGCAGAGAUGAAUUAUGAGGGCAGGCUGGAGUCUGUGUCUCGGAAGCAGGGCGCUCGCUUCAAGGAGUACCGCCCUGAGACUGGAUCUUGGGUGUUCAAGGUGGCACACUUCUCCAAAUAUGGCCUGCAAGAUUCAGAUGAGGAAGAGGAAGAGCAUCCUUUAAAAGUGGACGCAAAGAAGUUAAAAACCACACCAGUGCCUCCUCCAGGGCAUCUGCCACCUCAGCAAAUGGCCUUAAAUGGCAAACCAACGCCUCCAGCUCAGAGCCCCGAGGUGGAGCAGCUGGGCAGAGUGGUGGAGCUGGACAGUGACAUGGCAGACGUCACCCAGGAGCCUCCCCAGGAGCCCGCGGUGCAGGACAGCGUGGCCGAGGAGCAGGAGGCAGUGCCCGCUUCUGCUCACAUCGCCUCCACGCUGGGCAUCAACCCCCAUGUCCUGCAGAUUAUGAAAGCUUCCUUGCUUGCUGAUGAAGAUGACCUGGAUUUAAUCCUGGACCAUCACUCUGGGAAGCAACUUACAAAAAUGGAUACUUCUCAGGAGAUCUGUUCUCCAAGGCUCCCUAUCUCAAAAUCCCAAGGACAGAAGAGAUGCUCAGUCGCCGGGCUGCUGCAAUCCAAGUUUGCUGAUACCAUUUUCCAACCACCCAGCACUGCUCUUUAUGACCUCCAGGAGCCCAGGGCGUCUCGCAGCUCCCCUUCCCCUGCCUGCUGGUCAGCAUCCUCUCCAUUAGCAUCAGCCUUCGCCGUCCCUCCGUCGGUCCCCGAGGUGCAGAUGAGGACAGUGGGUGUCCGCAGGCAGCAGGGCUUGGUCCCUCUGGAGAGCUCCAUCACCUAUGGGAAGGGGAAGCUGCUGAUGGACAUGGCGCUGUUCAUGGGACGUGCCUUCCGUGUGGGCUGGGGGCCCAACUGGACUCUGGUCAAUUGUGGGGAUCAGCUGAGUGGGUCGAGUGGGAUGGAGGACCUUCCGUGUGAGGCUGUGGAGUAUGGAUUCCUGCCCGCUCCUGUUGCUCCAAAGCUACUCCCAGAGUCCCCUUUCAAGGUUCAUGUGGAAAAGCUGAACUUGGAACAAAGGAAGAUGAACAGAGACAAGCAGUUGUAUCUUAUCCCUCUGGAGAUCAAGCUGAAGCACAGCACUGUCCAUAUGGACGACCAGUGUCCUCUCCUGGCUCCCAACCCAGGAGUUUCUGCUAUUCAUGACUAUGCUGACUGGGUUCGAACAGCAUCCGAGGAUCCUGCUGUAAUGGAGACUGUUGUGAAGCACUGGUGCUUGACGUGGACUUUAUGUGAAGCCAUCUGGGGGAACCUGAAGGAGCUGGAGGCCAGCCUGGAGGAGCCCAGUGAGUACGUCCUGGCCCUGGAGCGCAGGAGGGCUUUCUCUCGUUGGCUGUCAGAGACGGCAGCGGCACGGAUUGAUGAGGAGGUUGCUUUGACCCAACACCACAGUCAUGUGGAGGCUGUGUUCAGCUGCCUCACAGGCAGGAGGAUUGGAGAGGCUUGCAGGCUGGCCCAGCAGGCAGGUAAGAUGCUCGCAUCCCUUUUUCUCUAAGGGAGGAGGUAGGAG